AGUGAAGAACAACAAUCUCACUUUGUCUUUUUUCUCUCUCUGAUAGAAAAGGAAGUGGUGGAAGAUAUGCCGAGGCCAGGGCCAAGACCGUACGACUGUAUCAGAAGAGCUUGGCAUAGUGACAGACACCAACCCAUGAGGGGUUUGCUCAUCCAAGAGAUUUUCAGGAUUGUUUGUGAGAUUCACAGCCAAUCCACCAAGAAGAACACAGAAUGGCAAGAGAAGCUCCCUGUUGUUGUCUUGAGAGCUGAAGAAAUCAUGUAUUCCAAAGCCAAUUCUGAGGCUGAGUAUAUGGACAUGAAGACCCUUUUAGACCGUACAAACGACGCCAUCAACACCAUCAUACGACUUGAUGAGACCACCGAAACAGGGGAAUUUCUUCAGCCUUGUAUAGAAGCUGCUUUACAUUUGGGGUGCACACCAAGGAGAGCUUCAAGGAGCCAACGGAACAUAAACCCAAGAUGUUAUCUUAGCCACGACUCAACUAACUUUGACAACAUUUUGUCUCAAGUAUUCAUGAAACCUAACAACAACUUUGCUCCAAAGAAUCUUGCAGUAGCACAAGAGAAGUGCCCUGUCUCCAAGUACUCGGCCUACCCUUUAUGCUAUUCAUUCCGGCCAAUCUCUGACUCGUGCAAGUCCAAAAACAGUAGACCUGCAAGUCUCUCUGAUGCUACGAAUGGCAUUACCUUUGGUGGGGGUGAAUGUGAUCUAUCUCUGCGCUUAGGUCCUCUUGGACCUCCACCUCCUACUCAUAAACGAAGUAAGAUGAGCAACAACAACAACAGCUGAAAAGAAGGACAAGAUUGAGUUUUGAUUAGUGAGUCUUGUGUUAGAAGAAUGUGUGCUUCAGUUAGGUCUUUUAGUAUCCUCUCUAGCCUCUAGGUUUAGGUGUUUGUGAACAUGUAAAUAGAUAGACGAAGUAACA